AUGCAGGGUCGAGUGCUGCUGCGGGCAGAGAGGUCUCUGGGGCCCAGAGAGGCUGGGACAGUGUUUACAGCAGCCUCGGAGCCCGAGAUGCUACAAAUAGCCGGGGCCUUGCCCCUGAACCCACUCCUUCUGGCCGCCCAGCAGGUGGGAGCCGGGUGGGCCCGCGUCUCUGCCGAAACCAUGUCCAGCAGGUGCCGCCCCCCCAACCCAGCGCUGAGCUGCUGCACUGCCGUCCGGGGGCCCUUCCAGAACCAGCCUCCCCCCAGGUAUGGAGGCGAAGCCCCCGUCCUGGCAGCUCCUUCCCCCAGACCUGGGUCCCGGCUGGGCUCAGGGGCCACGCCUGCCGCUACCAUCCAAACCCUUGCCCAGGCCGGCGCCGGGGCUCAGGCGUGGGGCUGGGUCCCCCGCACAGCUGCCCUCGGGGGAAGAGGGUGGACAACGCACGGGGCCUCCUCUAUACGCCUUCUUCCGCCUCCUGCCAGGACCUCUCCCGGGAAGCAGACGCCCUCCCUGGCCAGCCGUGGAGACUCAGAAGGCUUCUGCCCGGCCCCACAGCCAGGUCCCAGAGACGGGGGGCCUUAG